AUGCCCAAAUAUGCCAAGUGUCUCAAGGAUAUGUUAAGCAAGAAGAGACGCCUUACUGAGUAUGCGACUGUGGCAUUGACUAAGGCGACAACUAGCAUAAUUAAGCCCUACAUCCCUCUAAAGUGUAAGGAUCCUGGUUCUUUUUCUAUCCCAUGCUUAAUUGGGGAACAAUUUAAAGGUCGUGCACUAUGUGACUUGGGGUCUGCUGUGAACCUUAUACCCCUUUUUGUUUUUAAGAAGCUCCAUUUAGGAGAAGCUAGUCCUAUGACUGUUACACUUCAGUUAGCUAACCGAAGUCUCUCAUAUCUAUACGGUGUCAUUAAGGAUGUAUUGGUAAAAGUUGAAUCAUUAAUAUAUCCUGCUGAUUUUAUCAUCAUCAACAUUAAAAAGGAUGAGGAGAUUCCACUAAUUGUUGGAAGACCAUUUAUGGCUACAGUGAAAGCAUUAGUGGAUGUAGAGAAAGGGACAAUAAGUGUACGAUUUGGUGAUGAGCAACUCACCUUCAAUAUAGAGAAAAUAAUGAAGCAUCCAAAUAUAGUUGAGUAA